CAUUAUUCGUCUGUAGUUUAGCGUAAAUCAAACAUGGCUGCGCCCAUGGAUCAUGCGUCAUUCUAAAACUUUUAACUGAGCAUUCUACAAGUAAUCUUUCAAGAUACGUACUGUCAGCCGUUCAAAGUUGUUCUUAUCAUGCUGACAAACUUUAGCAAUGGGUAAAAUGAAGAAAAAGAAGUUUUCUGCCCCGAAACCUCGCCCAACUGGGCUUCCAAGCGUCGGGGAAUUCGAGGCAGAGAUAGAAUUACAAGGAGACGUUCAAUCUUCAACUCUUCAAACGAUUGUUGAAAAAUUGCAAAGUCCUAAUGAAGAGAAUAGAGAAUGUGCAUGUACAACUAUUGCCGGGUUGGUGUCUCACCCUGGUACCUUGUCGGCUCUUCUGAAACUAAAUGUCAUCAAGAUACUAGCACCACUUGUAUUAGAUCACAACUGGGACAUCCGUCAUAGAGCUCUUGGUGCUCUUAGGAACUUGAGUGUGGAUGGUGGUGUGUCAACAUGUGAGGAGAUGGUAGCUAAAGAUGUGUUAACACCAGUACUAGCACUUGUACAGCAAUUUGGGAGUGGUGACCAAUUUUCGGAGAAGGAGUCACAGAGGAGGAAAACGAUGAUUUGUGAAACAUACGCUCAUGCAUUCUAUCUACUGCAGAAUCUAUGUGAAAACAGUAGUCAAGCUGUGACAACAUUUAGUAAUGGAGACCUGAUUCCGGUAGUUUGUGUAAUACUGGACUCUGAAUGUAGCACCGAGGAGCUCAAGCUUGCUGUUGUUGAGUUCUUAUAUACAGUAACAGAAGAUAACAGUGCUUUGUGUAGACGAGAUUUGGUAGACUGUGUCCAGAAGCUGAUGUCACAUUCAACAGACACCUCUAUCAGGAUGCUUAUAAAAACACUGUCAUCAGGUGUUCUUGUUAAUCUGGAGGGAAGUCAACUAUCAUCUGCUCGCGGUGACCUCGUCGUUCCCAUAGUUACCACAAUGUCUGAAGUACUAGGCGUCAAUGUGCCAGCCAUGUUGAUCCCUGUAGAUUCAGAGGUGUCGGACAUGCAGGCUUCCACUGAGGGCAGUGAUAUCAGUCCCGAGGGGGAAGGUGACACUCCAGAGGACAGUGAAAAAGAAAAUUAUGUGACAUCUGCUGAGGAGAAGACAUUAUGUGAUAUUAAGAAUUUUCUGAAGGCACAGAAGGUGGCAUUAGAGGUUGUAGCCAAUUUAUGUUGCACUGAUGAUGAUGAAUGGGAAGAUUUAAAUAGCAGCGAGUCCAGUGCUGAAGAAAGUGCUGAAGCACCAAUGGAGGAGGAUGUAGCAGAGAGUAAUAGUUCAUUUACACCACUUUGUGUAUCUACGGAACUACACUCAGCAUAUGUUAGCUGUGGAAUUGUUGAGAAAGUGUUAGAAUCAGCCCAGCCAUUGUCAGCUGAACAGUUAAAUAUUUUACAAGAGAAUAAAAUUCUUCUUGAAAGAUUUCAGAGUAAACAGACCCAUGCACUACUAUGUUUAAACAAUUUAGUUAGCUCCUUAGAUACAGAGGCCCUUGGAGGGAGUCAGAAAUUGUAUACAGUAUGGCAGGGCCUCCUGCAGCUUUCUACAUCUCAGAAAAGUAUGGAAGAAGAAGAGGUGUUAGAAGCUGUGACAGCGGCUUUAAGAGCUGUGAUACAGAAAUUAGCAGAGGCUGACCCCUCCAAGUUCCAGGAGGUGCAGGCAGGAGAUCUACAGUUCAUGUACGAGAUGUCAACAAAAUGUCAAUGGCCCGAGGUCAGGGUCAAUGCAUUACGUAUUGUAUCAACUAUAGGAGGCAUAUUGGCUCAAAAUACUAACCCACAUCCAUUGCUCAAGGAUAUUGGGGUAUUAUUUCUAGAGGUUGUGUGUAAAGACUCGGAUCUAUGGGUAGUGGCAGAAUCUCUGGACUCGAUAUUUGAUGUAUUCGGUGAAGAUCACAUUGACCCGGUGCUGAAAGAGAUCGGACUUGUUGAUAAAUUGAAGACUAUUGCACCUGCUCUAAAAUCAAAGGUUCAACAGAACAGGAAGUCUCUAGGAGAACAUUACCCGGUCAUCUCAACAGCUCGUACAAACCUCAUACGCUUCAUCAAAUAUAAAACCUCACAGAUGAAAUGACAAACUAUCUCAUAAAAACCAAGUAAUGCUGACAGAUGGUGCUAACAUAAUCUAGUGAAAAAAAGGAGCAUGUGUCUGUCUAAUAUUUUCGUGUCAUUUUUUUAAAACAUUUUUUUUCAUUCCAAACUUCAUAUUAGAAGGAAUUAAAGCCAAAGAGUAACAGAUCUGGAUGUGUCUGUUUGUUAUAGAUGUUUUACAUGUCAGAGGUUUGUUUUGCCAAUGGUUGCGAAGUUUGGGGAUAUGAUUGUUUAAAUUAGAAUGUCU